AUGGGAAAGAUAAAAGGUGAAGGACCAGAAAUAAAAUCUAUUAUUCCUUAAAAAAGUGAAGAUUGUGAAUUUCUUGUUGAUUUAGAAUUAUCUUAUAAAGGAACUAUUAUAUUCGAAAUUGAUACUGCUUAUCAUAUUGAUUGGCCUAAAGCUAAUUAAUAUAAAUUACCUAUGACUAUUAAAAUUUAAUUAAAUGAAUUUUAUUCUGUUAUUAGAGCUUGCUUUGUUCCUAAAAGUUAUGGAAAAAGCUGGUUUUCUUUUAUUGGGGAACCUGUAAUUUAAUUAGAUAUAGAUCCUAUUAUAUCUAAAAAGUAUCAUUUAUCGAAAUUGCCUUAAGUAAAAAGUAUUAUGUAGGAAAUUAUAAACUAGAAAAUAAGAAAAAUGACUUUUCCUAAUAUAGAAAUGAUUAAAAUUCCUCUUUCAAAAAAAGGGAAGAAAAUAGAAUAAAUAAGGGCAAAAUUACAAUAUAAAAAAUAAUAAACUACAAUUUUAGCAAAUAUUUAAGAAAAAAGAAUAUAUAAUUAUUAAUAAUAUUCUUUAUGAAUUUUAUAUUUUUAUUUUUUUUGUUAGGUAUAAUAAUCAACCUAGCUUUACAUAUGCAAAACCAAUUUAUUCUAUUUUAUCUUAAUCUAAAAGAUUCCUUCCAUCAAAAAUAUAAGUAGGCCUUUUCAUUUUUAAAAACAUUUAGGAAUAUUCGAAAGUUUUGAAUUCAUCCCAUU